GCCUUUUGGACUAUGCAAAUAUGAAGGAAAAAUCUUUCUCAUGUGUCAUGUGUUUUAGUAAUGCUUGGGGGAAGUUGGUUCAUAAAGGGAAAGUUUGUCUGCCUGUUAGAAAUUUCCCGGUGAAUCUGGUAAAACGAGUCCGAGAGUAUAUUUAGUGAGAGCGCAGAAGAACACUGUCUAGAUAGAUGUUUCUGCCGCCAUGGAAUCUGCUGCAAUCUGCGAAGACCAGACCUGUUCCACCUGUCUACACCUUUGUUCCAAACUACGUACACGAACAUGUGGACAUAUCUGUGAAUGCCGCAGUGAAAAAGCAGAGUGCAUGCAAGAAAAUGAACAAUGCUCAAAAGGUAGGAAAAAGAUCAAACAAGAAGAGGCCAAGGUCCUGUGCACUUACUGCAUACAGAUCCCUGCACAUGCUGCGAAGACAUGUCUUAUUUGUGAAGCUUCUCUGUGUGAGAAACAUCUGAACGUCCACAACAAGUCACCAGAUCAUGUGUUACUAGAGCCCACCACCUCAAUACGCUGCCAAAAAUGCACAGUCCACAAUGAGGUUCUGAAGUACUACUGCCCUGAAGACGACUCCAUUGUCUGUACCUCCUGCUUUCUCAUUGGAGACCAUAAAGGACACCAGGUGGAACUACUUCAAAUUGCUUCUGAGAAAAAAAAGGAGAAACUCAGGAGUUUGUUGAAAAAACGCAUAUUAAGGAGCGAGAGGACUCAAAAUAGAAUUAAGGACUUUCAGAAAGAAAUGAGCAACGUGAAGGACAAAGUGAAAUCCAUUACGAACCAAGUAACCCUUCUCUUUACUGACCUAAGGGCGCAGUUAGAGGCUCUAGAAAGACGAGUAUUAAAAGAGGUUUUAAGGCAAGAAGACCAAGUUAUACAGUCUCUGUCUGAACAGGUCCAAGAGCUGCAAAUGAAACUGGAGAAGUUAUCAAGGCAAAUAUCCGAUACUGAGAAGCGUUGUCAGAUGACCGAUCCAUUAACUGUCCUAAGAGGCCAUCGGCCAAACUCCGAUAUAUUGACAAAUGGCUGUGAUAGAAAGAUGAGCAAUGAAAGCUUCUACCAAGUAGACAGUCUGGAUGAACUUCUCAUUUCGAUGACAUUGCACAGAAAUCUGGCUAAAAUCGUAAAUAAUAUAAAUGCAGUGGAUGAAUUCCACGUGUUGGAGGCCUCGGAGAUACUAUUUGAUGUGAACACAGCUGGAGAUUACGUACACAUCUCUGGAGACCUAAAAACUGCCAGCAGUUCAGACAUAAACCUCCGCCGGCCAGAGACACCGGAAAGAUUUUAUUGUGUUCAGGUGCUUAGCACCAAGAGGUUCCCUUCUGGUCGGCAUUCGUGGGAGGUAGAGACAAGUAAUUGUGGGGACUGGAUGAUCGGGGUGGCCUAUCCGACUAUAGAAAGGAAAGGCUCUCACUCCUUCCUCGGGUUUAAUGACCAGUCCUGGGGUCUGCAGAAAUAUAAGAAUAAGUAUACAGUGAAACAUAACUCUGAAGUAAUCCACAUAGACGUGGAGUAUUCCUGUCAGAGAUAUUUAAUAUAUCUGGACCAUGAUGCCGGUCAACUGUCCUUCUAUCAACUCAGUGACCCCAUCUGCCACCUGUACACUUACAAGACCACCUUUAAAGCCCCUCUUCAUGCUGCUUUCUGGGUGGAAGACGACGCCUGGGUUAAGAUCGUAAGCAAAUAGUUCUGUGAACAACCAUGAUUCUGAAAGGGGAGAUGUAGAGCAAAACCAUUUAUUUAAUUUUUUUAAGUCAUGAGAAUUGUCCUAGAUCUAUUGAUCUAAGGACAAAAACUAAUUUGCCCAUAGCAACCAAUCACAGCUCAGCUUUAAUUUCUUAAAGGGGUAUUCCAGGCCAAAACUUUUUUUUAUAUAUAUAUCAACUGG